GUUUCAUUUCCUAUACUUACAUCCCUGCCCACAUCUAUCUAUGAUUCCUUAGGAUUUCGGAAUUUCUAGCAUGACUUAUUCUCAUCAUUCCGCCAGUUGGUGCCAUGGAGAGAGUUAGACCAGCCGCUGGUUACUCCAGCACUUAUGGACAAGCUUGCAUGCACUGUUACAAAGCAAAGUGCCGGUGCGUGCCUAGUCCAAGGGCCGAUAGCUGCGAAAGAUGUCAUCGCCUCAGAAAGGAGUGCCUGCCAUCCGACUCGGCUCGCCGGCGAAAUGCUCAUAGAUCCGAAGAGUCUGAUACGCGAAUCGCCCAGCUGGAGGGCAGGAUAGAAAUCAUGCUAUCUGCGAUGCAAUCGAUGGCUGGCUCCUCUGGAUCUUCAGCUGAAAUUCUUCGGCUCCUUGACGAGGAGAGGAUCCCAUUGUCCACAUCCCGCAUCAACGACACCCCAGCAACAUCCAUUAGCACUAACCCAAGCAUCAGUCGAGUACCAAAGCCCGCAACGGACCCGUCUCCCAUGGUACAGGCUCGUAUAGAUUUAUCCUCUCCGUUUCCAUACUCCCCAUCUCCGCCUGAGCCAUCGUUACGCCACGCAGAGGAGUGUCUCGAGUUCUUCCGCUCGCAGAUGCUGCCGUACUUCCCCUUUAUCAACCUAAUCCCAGACAUAACAGCUUGGCAACUACACCAAAACCGGCCGUUCUUAUUUCAGGCCAUCCUCACCGUUACCACCUUCUCGACUCAGAAAAGGUUAGCCCGGAGUGAGGGCUUGAAGCGCAUCCUGUUCACAUCUGCUCUUCUCGAGGUCCAAUCAAAUAUCGACCUGCUGCUUGGAUUAUUAACGUACCUAGCAUGGAGUACUGAUGCCUUUCUGGGCAGAGCAGACCUCGUAUCUCGCCUUAUGAUGCUGGCCAUUUCACUGGUAUACGAUAUGCGGUUGUUCAAGCCGCUUCGGCUAGAUACGAUACUAAUGAUGACAAUAACCCAGGGGCAGGAUUACGGAGGUGAUCAAAAUCCUAGCGAUGAAACAGUUGCAGACUUCAUGGAAAGGCAACGAGCAGUCCUAGCAUGUUUUGUGUUAAGUUCCAAUAUUUCAUCUCACCUCGGGCGCAUAGAUGCUCUACGAUGGACGCCCCAAAUGGAAGAGGCGCUCCGUAUCAUUGAAACGAACACGGCAUGUCUACCGGACAAGGCUUUUGCAUUCCAGGUGCGCCUGCAGUUGCUCAAGCAAAAAGCAGCUCAUAUCCGAGAACAGAAUGAGAUAGAUCGUUCUCGUACAUCAACAGCUUCUGCGACUACCUCGAUGCCAGGCUUAUUAUAUCUCAAGACACUAAGGGAACAAUUACAUGGAUUAAUAUCAUCAUUUCCUCCAGAUAUCGUUCAAAGAGGCGCAUUUAUUACACACGCACAUUACGUAGAACUAUACAUCAAUCAGCUAGCAUAUUCAAUAAGCUGCGACUCACCACCUCUCAAUCUGUCAGGCCCCAGGAGUGACGGUGGCCAUUUACCCGGAUUCGAACGCCUCAAGUGUCUAUGGGGAUCCGUCGAAAGCAUCAAGUCGUGGCUAGACAAUUUCCACAAGUUCUCCCCAUCAGACCUCGUCGGCCUCCCAUUUCACUUCUGGUCUCAGAUGAUUCUGUGCGUCACGAUUCUGAAGUACCUGUCGGUGCUCGAAGACCCGGCGUGGAAUCGGCAAGACGUGCGGAACACAGUCGAUCUGGUGGCGGCAAUAGAUCUUAUGAUACAGAAACUCGACCGGGUUGGCAUAGAGUCGAGUCUCCAGUGCGAUGACAGCCUAUUCAAACUAUUAUCUAAGCUUUUGAGCAAGUGUCGUGUGUGGGCUGAGGCCCGGUUGAGCAGGGCUUCUCAGAUGCAAGAUGUGGAGGCUGGGGUAAACCAGGGUGCAGAUCCUGGCGAAACCAGUCAGAGCAGCAGCAUCCCGGAUAUUGAUCAGAUGAUGUGGAUGCAGUCGAUGGACUUGGAAAAUGAUCAGUGGUUCGAGGAAGCGCUGAACUUACCUUCGCCAUUUUUCUAAAUACGUCAAUCUAACAACACACAAAUUAAUAAUACUUUUAUUUGACAUGACCGAGUCCUCCACCAUCAAAGCCGAGUAUUUCAAAAACCGAAAGACUCGGAAUCGCAAUUCGUCGCAGCUAUUAGCGUCUAUCAUGAAAACGACUAACAAUUACACAUCUAGCUACUACUAUGCAGCUGCCACCACAUGCUCGACGCCCAUAUCAACCCCCCAUCUCCCCCGAAACGCCCACCAUCACUAACCC